AUGAAUUCACAAGCCGAAGAUAUUUCAAAGGUAGGAAAUAACCAUACCAUAAACGAAAAUAACAUAGCGACUGUAGACAAGAAAGUCAUUAAGGAUAGAAUUAUAAAUUUCGACAACAUGACAGUUUUAUCACCAUCAUUAACCCCAUCGAUUCUUAAUGAAGAACCUAUGAUCCCCAAUAUUUCGGAGAAAGAAAGACAAAAUUUACCUUUACCAGAUAAAUUACCUAUAGUGAAUUGUAUUGCUAGAGCAAGAAUUCCUACCACCAAUGGACCGGAAAUUUUCUUGCAUUUAUAUGAGAAUAAUAUCGAUAAUAAAGAACAUUUGGCCAUAGUAUUUGGUGAAGACAUAAGAUCUAAAACUUUAUAUAAGAAGAGAGAAGGAGAAACUCAACAAGAUAGAAUGACCAGAGGUGCAUAUAUUGGGAAAUUAUUUCCUGGAAGAACAGAAGCUGAUUAUGAUUCUCAACUCAACUUGAGAUUAAAAUUCAAUUCCAAUGGAGAAUUAAUCUAUGAAAGAGAUACAAGCCACACCGAACCAACAUUAGUAAGAAUUCAUAGUGAAUGUUAUACUGGAGAAACAGCAUGGAGUGCCAGAUGUGAUUGUGGAGAACAAUUUGAUGAAGCUGGAAGAUUAAUGGGAGAAAAUGGUCAUGGAUGUAUGGUAUACUUAAGACAAGAAGGUAGAGGUAUCGGAUUAGGAGAAAAGUUGAAAGCUUAUAAUUUACAAGAUUUGGGUGCUGACACUGUUCAAGCAAACUUGUUAUUAAGACAUCCAGCUGAUGGUAGAUCAUUUUCAUUAGCAACAGCUAUUUUAGAUGAUUUAAAUUUAUUGGAAAUCCAAUUAUUAACUAAUAACCCCGAUAAAAUUAUAGCCGUGGAAGGUAAACAUCAAGUAAUAAAAGUAAUUGAACGUAUUCCAAUGGUACCUUUAGCUUGGAGAUCAAAAGAAGGUAUUCAAUCCAAAGAAGUUGAAGGAUAUUUGAGAACCAAAAUUGAAAGAAUGGGUCAUUUGUUGGAGAAGCCUUUAAAGAUUUAA